AUGUGGUGGCGCCGCUGGCUGCCCGCCUGCCUGGCCUGGGGCUGUGUGGCCGCGCUGUGCGGCUCCCGCGGGCUCUGCCCGGCCCCGAACGCCUCCCGCCCCGAGCCGGGUCAGUGCCCGCGGCGCCGGGCGGCGGAGCUCUGCGCCUGGGCCCUGUCCUCCGACAGCCUCCUAGAUCCUUUUCCAGUUGAUGUGAUCCAAGAAAAUUAUGUCCGUAAUGUGAGAAACUGCAUUUUUUCAAUUGUCUAUCCUACACCUUUUAAAUCUAGAGUUCGUCUUGUAGCUGUUUCAGAGGAUGUUCUUGAAAAUAUUUUGGAUCUUGAUGUAUCUGUCAAAGGAUCGUCUGAUUUUCUGGAGUUCGUCAGUGGUGCGAAAGUGAUAUUUGGGUCUGUUCCAUUGGCCCAUAGGUAUGGGGGUCACCAGUUUGGUAGCUGGGCAGGUCAGCUGGGGGAUGGAAGAGCCCACUUGAUCGGAGUAUAUACAAACAGGCAUGGUGAGAGGUGGGAACUGCAGUUAAAAGGGUCAGGAAAGACCCCAUACUCCAGGAAUGGCGAUGGAAGAGCUGUGCUUCGCUCUUCUGUUCGAGAGUUUUUGUGUAGUGAGGCCAUGCACUAUCUUGGAAUUCCUACAAGCAGAGCUGCUAGCUUAAUUGUAAGCGAUGAUGAUGUGUGGAGAGACCAAUUUUACAAUGGAAAUAUUAAGAAAGAAAGAGGUGCAAUAGUGCUACGACUUGCCAAAUCAUGGUUUCGUAUAGGAUCCUUGGAAAUCUUAACUCACUCUGGGGAACUGGAUUUACUAAGAAGAUUGCUAGACUUUAUCAUCCAGGAACAUUUUCCAUCAAUAGCUAUGAACGAUUCAAAUAGAUAUCUGGAAUUUUUCUCUACAGUCGUGUCAGAGACUGCAAAUCUGAUUGCAAUGUGGAUGUCUGUGGGGUUUGCACAUGGUGUUUGCAAUACAGAUAACUUCAGUUUAUUAUCCAUAACAAUAGAUUAUGGUCCAUUUGGAUUUAUGGACUCCUAUGACCCCAAUUUUGUUCCAAACACAUCCGAUGAUGAAAGGAAGUAUAAAAUAGGAAAUCAGGCAAGUGUUGGGCUGUUUAAUCUGAGCAAGCUGUUACAAGCUCUAAAACCUUUAUUGGAUCCCAGGCAAAAUCAGCUAGCUUCCCAGAUUUUGGAGGGCUAUGGUGAAUACUAUUACAGCCGUUUCACAGAACUAUUCAAAACAAAAUUGGGUCUUCUUGGGGAGAAUGAGAAUGAUAACUUUUUGAUUGCUUUCCUUUUAAAAAUCAUGGAAGAUACAAAGGCUGAUUUUACAAUGACAUUCCGAGAGCUGAGUGAAAUUACUGCUGACCAGUUAAAGGAGCUCAGUAUUCCUGAGGAGUUCUGGGCUCUCCAGGAUCUGGGUAAACACAAAUUAUUUUCAGAAUGGGUUACUAUGUACCUCCUGAGAUUAAACAGUAACAAGGGUGAUUCAGACACCAAAAGAAGAACAAGAAUGACAACUGUUAAUCCUAGAUACAUACUUAGGAAUUGGAUGGCGGAAUCAGCAGUGCAAAAAGCUAAUUUGAAUGAUUUCUCAGAGGUUCAGCUCCUAGAGCAGGUUUUACAACACCCCUUUCAGAGGCAGGAGGCUGCAGAGAGAGCAGGGUACUCCCUGCACCCCCCAGCUUGGGCCAAGCACCUGAAAGUGAGCUGUUCGUCCUGAGGGAAAUUUGAACAAGCAGCAAGAAUGAUCAAGGUCAAAGCUCAAGCCUUCAAAUAGGGCUAAUGGAUCAAGCCACAGGAAUCUCUCCCUUAGACUUUGUGGACUGUAAUCUGCUACUGUUCCUGACCAACUUAUGAAGUCUUAAGAUUAAAGAAAUGCAUCACUGUGUAUGAUUGCAUCAGCAAAUUAUAUUGGCAUUGACGACUCUGCCCUUCACAUUCAGCUGCACGUUACUUUGAGUCCCAGUAUUUAAGUUCUGCCAAAUUGUCACACUUAAACUCUCAAAAUUCAUGGCUGAUCAGGUGGGUCUUAAUAGCUUUUAGUGACUGAUCAAUUUAAAAUCCAUCUAAGCUAGUUUUAAUAAUGCAAUAUUUUGAUGAAUUUUCCUCUUACUCUUACACACUGCUCAAAUAUAGUUGUAUUCUGCAGACAUAAAUGUUCUUAAAUCUUGCAGACCUGGCACAGAGGAUCAUCUUAGACCUUGACACCUUUUCUCAUCCUGAUUAUGUUUUGUCUCAAUCAUCUGACAAGAGAUUUAAAGGAAAUUCAGUGAAAUAAUUAGCAAAGAUGUCUGUCUUGGGAAUGACUUACUCCAGUAUAAGUUUUUGUAUCUUGGCUGGUAUCAGGUGCCUAUCAAGCCUGGACCACUGCUCUUUGAAAGUAUCUUUUUGAUAGUAGUAGAAAGAUUAUUGGUGCAUAGAUAUGAAGUCUCUGGAAGAAUUCACUGUUUGGACCUGGAAAUGGACUGUCUUGGAAGCAUCUCACUACGUAUGUAGUCAGGUCAGUGCACUUUUGUACCCAGCCACCCAGUGCUGUAAGGGACUAACAGAAAUCUUGCAGGGAAAGUAUUUAAAGUUCUACUGAAGCUGUUACAUAGAAGUCAUCUGAGUAAGAAAGACUAGUCUUUGAGUCCUGGGUCUUGUUACUUGUUCUUUUUUGAUACUCUAGUUCCACAAAACUUUACGUGUCUAAUUAAGCCAAAAUUAAUACAUCAGCAAUCAGGUCUAACAUUAUGCUAGAAAAUUUAAGGGAAAAAAUCUCUUAUUUGAGGGCUUUGUUACUUCUUGAUCUUACCUUGUCUGUUCCCAAAACCAAAAUGGUUUGUUCUAGGAUCUCCAAAUUUUUUGAGUGCCAGUGAUUCUGAAACAGAGGCUAUUAAGUGGUAUAAUUAAAAUUUCACAGAUCUAUUUCCGAAAAUGUGGAAAAAAAUGUGUAUUAUUACAAAUCUUUCAGAGACUAAAAGAAUAUUUGAAUACCUUCUUAACUAUAAUCAACACAAUUAUUCAGGACAGUUUCCCCUCAGACAUACAGCUGUUGAAAUAUAAAGGCAGUUGUUGAACUGUAAAUAGUAGUAUCAUAAUGGGGGGCACAAUACAGGUAUUUAAAUACAGUUUUCUGAAAAUCCAGUCUGAAGUGUGAGCGUCAGACGUGUGCAAGUCCAGCCUGGGUUAGCAUUCCUUGUGCAGGCAGCGAGUGCCCUCCUGCCAUCACUGGGAUCAGUGUCAGAGCUGGCACCACCUCCAGCCAGAGGUGUGGGCUGCUGGGGGCCUGUGGAAGCCCCUCAGCUCUGGGCUGUGUUCUGGCCUACUGGAACCCUAGCAUUGAUGUCUCUUCUGGGACAAUUCCAAGCAAAAUGGUGUUGUGAGGAAGUGUGGGAACAUCAGCAUUGCCACUUGCGGAGGAGGGGGUCACACUCAAAUAAGUGAUGAUGUGGAGAACAUAUUUGUGUCUGCAGGGUAAAUGCAGCAGCACUGCAGCUUGGGCCCCACUUCCCAAUUAGGUCAAAGGCAAGAACUCCAAUUUAUGUUUAACCAAACAUCUGGGAAGUUUCUGUUGUGUGUGGGACAAACAUGGCUGCCCGUACAUCUUUACCUCAUGGAAUAACUGCAUAAAUACAAAGCAUUUCUAUACUGCUUUUUUCUUCAAAGUGUUUUAUACAUGGUAAAUCCUUCUAGUGGCAAGUGGGCCUCUGCUUCAUUCAUAUGUUACAGGUAAAGAAAGCCUCCAGCAUCACAAGGUGAAACCAGAACAGCUCAAAUAAGGAGCUGUUUUACAAACAGUGGCAUGUUCUGCUCCCUGUGCACCCUGUGACACUUUUUCCAGGUUCUUAAAAAAUACCUGAAAGAAUGAAGCAAGCCCUGAAAAUUGGUUUCACUACUCCUCUGGCUGCAGAGAGUAGGUCAGCUAUUUCUUCUUUCCAGUAGUUCGUUCAUGGACUUGGUCAUGUCUUCUUGGUUUAUAUGAAGGCCAAUCUCCAUUUUCUUUCCCCUAGUUUUACCAUGAGUUUACAUCAUCUGGCUUUAAUAACUAUUCUCAUUUCAUAACAGUCAGUACUGACUGUUAAAGGGGAGCAAACUUCCUGAGCCUGUUCUGCAAGAGCAUGAGAAUUCUAAAGACUUAAUGGUACUGAAUCUCUUGUGUUCUGUGUGUUUCCCUCAAACAAUACACGUUUCCCAGUUACUGUGAGACUGUCAAUCAACAAUAGUUCUGUCCGGCAGCUUUGCCACAAUUCAUUUACGUUUCUACUUUUCCACUCUUGAAGUGCCAACAAAUAGUGUAUGAAAAACUUAAAGCAUAUGGUUAUCCCAAAACUACCUGUUAACUGUUUUGUAGAAGUUGAGAAAUGAGCCCACAUUGUGCUCAGCAUUUUGUACCACCUCCCUUUCCGCUUCUUGAUCUUAAUCAUUGGGGUUUAUUAUGACAAUGUGAACAUUCAUACCAUGUUUCAUGGUCUAUUCCCUGAAAAUCUCUGGCUUCCACUUGCAGUUCUGAAGCUGCUUCAUCUUUCAUGUUACAUAAACAACAGUGAUCCUGGAGCAGAUGGGGAAUAACAAUACUGAGGCUGGUAAUCAAACCGGUAUUUGUACUCUCAUCCUCCUUCUCUAUGAGAGGACAGUUACAAAAGGGCAGCAGUGCUGAUCCCCCAUGUAGGGGCUUUUCCACGUAACUCUAACCUUUCUAAUCCUAAGGACUGAUGGAAAAGUGAUUGCUUGAAGUAGAUCCUUCUUCCAUAUCAGUCAUACAAGAGCCCAAAGGAGAUGACAGCUGCUGAGACUGCUUCCAUUUCAGGAAUGGAGAAAGGUUAAAAAGAACAUGCUGGAAUUUGAGAUCUUUGCAGGCUAAAAUACUGUAAGCUCUAGUGAUGUACAGACCAUUUAUAUGGUAGUAAGUUAGGUAGAGGUGGAAGGAUUUUCUUUUUAUACACUCUGAAUUACAGCACUGGAACAUCUUUUUUGUAUUUUGCAGUGUAUUUUGGUACAUGAUCAAGCCAGAUAAUCGUGUGUCAAUAGGAGGCAGGUUUGUUCUUUGAAUGGAGUUUAAAUCGUACGUUUUAGAAAUUCAGUGUAACCACGUACAUACACAAAAUAGUUGACAGAGGUCUAAUCAUAGCAUUUUACUUGAUUUCCGGCAUUUUCUGUCGGCUUUUUUUUUUUUUGCUUUGAAGAAAGUUCAACUUCUUUUGUGUAAGUGCAUGAAUUAUGAUUGACUGCAGAUGUAAAAGGUAUAAAAUUAAUUUUAUUGUGUUGCAACAAAAGGGAAGGGAGGAAAUAGGGUGGGAAGCUGAGAGUUCUGUUGAGAAGAGUGAAUGCCAGAAAAGCCACAUAAAAGUCUCAGUGCGUUGUGACCUUAUUGUGCAACAUUUUUCUAAGGUCAUAUUCUGCUGUAUUUUGAUGCUGGGUGUGUAUUUCAUAAAACUCAUUUGAUUUAAAAAUAGUUGACUAGCAGACAGCUGUUGUCACCUAAGUAUGUAAAAAAAGUGCACUCCUAAUACCUUGUCAGAAGAUGACACCAAGCUCUUCAAUGAGUCUGCAUAAUGCUUACUUCAGUUACAUAUGGAGAGAGAUUGGCAAACAGUAAUCCUUUCCUCUUUUUUUUUUUUAACUCCUAGUAUUAACCCUCUUACCUAAUUGGUAUUUUUGUAUUUUUAACCCUGCACUUUGAACUGAGGCUUCAACUAAAUGUAUGAGCCUUGCACUGGUCUUGAGAGCAUUUCUCAGUUUGGCAGUUUGAAGGUGCUGAGAUACCUUUUGAAUGUCCCAGCAUGUCAGUUCAAGACUUCCAGGUGACACUUUUGUUAGUGGUGGGCAUAGUUCUCUUGGUGAGAGCUUUUUGCUCAGUUCAGCUGAAAGCAAGGGAGCUCAAAUACCAUUAACAGCUGGAUGGACUCUCUGUGUCAGCUUAACACAGUGUUUAAAGCAAAAUCAUUUCAGGAAGAAAUGCAUGUGGUUUCAAACAUUGUUUUCAGCAUAAAAUAAAAUUAAAUUAAAUUAA